GCAUUUUUGAAUUCUGUUCUCCUGUGACCUCACCCUAACAGCAACAGCCAAGAAAAUUCUGUCUUUCCCUUGUGUAUCUGCCUUUUUGAAGUAGAGAGUGACCAUCCCCCGUCUGUCUCCAAGCUGUGGGGGCUUCCAUUGUUUCCAGGUAGACCUAGCCCCCUUGGCCAGACCUCCUGAGGUGUUUCUUGACCACACAGAGAAAGUGGGUUGGGUGUGGCUGAUAAAACCUUAGCAAAAUAUACAGCAUAUGAUCAUGACCCUUAUUAAACAUUCUCAAUGUCAAUUUACAAAAUGUAUGCCAAUAUAUUUUCAGUCUGCAAUUUGACAUGGGCAAAUAGAGACAAGAGGGAGUGACAAUUUACCCAGAAUGUUUCUUAUUGGGUCUGGGCUAAGAGACUGUAUGGCCUCGUCUCAGAUGUGUAUAAAAGAGUGUGAAGUGUCUGGAGUAACCACAAGUUUCCAGGUGUGUUUCAGAGUGAAGUCACCUGCAUCACCUGAGAAGAACAUCUUCUUCAUCACCAUGAAGUCCUUCGUCUUCUGUUUCAUCAUGCUGCUCAUGGCAAUGGCAGCAACUACAACCUUGGCAGGGCCAGUGGGCAUUGAGCAACUCAAAAAUAGCCCUCAAUAUGAGGGUCCUGGUAAGGUCUCCUUUGAGGCAGAUGUUGACACAGCAGAGAAAGACAAGGAUGUAGCUGAGGUCACCAAUGAGGACAAAAGAGUCAAGAGAUCGAACAAUGAAUUUGAUGGCUAUCUUGCCUUUCGAUGCCCAUGUCAUCAAAGCAUAUCCACCAUAUCGAGUUACCACAGCAAUCCCCAUGAAGACAGACGUUUCAGUAUCAGCUGCAAGCCAUUGUUCCUCGCCGCAACAAGCUGUCAUCAAUCUCAUUGGGUGAACAACUUCGAUGCAAGAUUUGACUUUACCUGCGGCAAAAACGAAGCCUUAACAGGGAUAUACAGUUACCAUAGCAACCUCCACGAGGACCGCCGCUUCAUGUUUCACUGCUGCUCGGCUGACUUGAUCCUCAAUGGCUGCCGCUGGACCCAAUAUCUGAACAACUUUGAUCAGCCAUUCACCUACCAGGUCCCUAACAACAUGGUCAUCGCUGGAGUGAGCUCCUACCAUCACAGCUUUUAUGAGGAUCGGCGCUAUCGCUUAUACGUCUGUGAAAUGGAGGAAGGGUUUGCUCCGUAGGCUGCCAUUGAAUAUGAACAAAGACAAGAAAGAAGAAGGCUGUCAGCUAGAAGGGAAAAGCUAAUGGCGUGUGUCUCUUAUUUAAUUCCUCAGAGCAGCUGAUGCUUAUCCCUUUCUAAGCAAGAUUCAUCUUGAUCAUGUAGUCUGAAACUGAUGAUUUAGGAUUAGUAAUGUUUUCUCCAACACUUCCUUUGAUGAAUAAUUGGCAUUAUGAAUGUCUGUGGGGGGGAAAAUCUAUUAAAACUGUUGAAAUCUGUUACUCUUUUAGCUUAAUCUGUACAAUGGUGUUGGUUUCAAAUAAACUGGGUGAAGCAUA